AUAACAAAGUUGAUUUGGCAAAAUUUGUGUAAAUAAAGUAUCUCAAUUAAAGGCAAAAAUUUAAUAUUAAUUGCACACAUAUUAUAUAAUGCAAAUAAGGUGAAAUAAUUGUGCACUUUCUUCUGAUGAGUAAACAAAGAGAAUUGCCAGAACAUGACGUUUUUAUACAUACUUAGUUGGGUUUCGUUGGUGCUGCAAGUAUGCUUUGUCACCAUUUCAAUAGCUGCUGGCUUAUACUAUUUGGCUGAGUUGGUCGAAGAAUACAUUACCGUUGCGCGGCGGGCGAUUUUAUUAAUGAUCAUAUCUACGACCAUCGUAUAUAUAAUGUUUAUUUUCUUCGAUGAUCUGCCUUGGAAGAUGGUAUUAUGUGGUUUUGCUGCACAAGUUUUUCAUUUUUCUAUUAUGCGUAACUUUCCGACUAUACGAUUUCUGUCAGUACCUUUCAUUGGCGCUGUUAUAUUUUUGAUUAUUAAUCAUUUAUUGGCUUUUCAGUAUUUUACAAGCUAUUAUUUUCCUUUUACACAGGUUUUGGCGUACUUUACGAUUUGCUUGUGGAUUGUGCCGUUUGCGUUAUUCGUCUCAUUAAACGCUAAUGACAAUGUCCUUCCUACAGUGAAUGAGAACAGCUAUCUGAGAGGCGAUCAGGAUGUUGUGACUCAUUAUUUCGCACGUGGUAAAAAGCAAGGCUUACUAUCGCUUUUCAAUUACGUUAAAGAUUCAAUAUUUCCAUCGCGCAAUAAGAAGUCAUUUUAAAAGGUUGACACCAUCUGAC